AUGCUUGACACAUUGUACCUCUACACUAAUAAUUUAUCUGGCACCAUCCCUCAUGAAUUAGGCAACCUAGUGAACAUACGUGAUCUAGAUAUUUCAGAAAAUCAACUAUCCGGCUACAUCCCUUCCACCUUAGGAAACCUCACCAUGCUCAAUACCUUUUACCUCAAUACCAAUCAUUUAUCAGGCACCAUCCCUCAUGAAUUAGGCAACCUAAUGAACGUAAGUGAUAUAGAUAUUGCAGAAAAUCAACUAGUUGGCUCCAUCCCUUCUACUUUAGCGAACCUCACCACUUUAAUUGAUUUUCGUGCUUUUAGCAAUCAAUUGUCAAGCUCCUUGCCCAAGGAGUUGGGUAAUCACACCAACUUGGUUGCCCUACACAUAGCUGAUAAUAAUUUAUCUGGUUACCUACCUUCACAAAUCUGUAAAGGAGGUGCACUUAGACGUUUUACCAUAGAAAAUAACCACUUUGAGGGCCCCAUUCCAAGAAGUUUAAAAAACUGCUCUAGCUUAGUUAGAGUUCGUCUUGAAAGAAAUAAUUUUAAAGGAAAUAUCUCUGAAGACUUUGGGAUAUACCCCAAUCUAGACUACAUUGACAUGAGUUACAAUCAAUUAUAUGGCCAAAUCUCACCAAGUUGGGCAUAUUGUCAAAAUUUGACAUACUUCAGGAUUUCAGAAAAUCUACUUACUGGGAACAUACCCUCUGAAUUAGGGAGGUUGCUUCAACUAAGAGUUCUGGACCUUUCUUCAAAUCAACUUACAGGAGAUAUACCAAGAGAGUUAGGUACCAUGAGGUCAUUGUUCAACUUGACAUUAAGCAAUAACAAAAUAUCUGAAGUGAUUCCCUCAGAGUUUGGAAAUUUGUCCAAUCUAGAGAUUCUUGAUUUGUCUAACAAUGACAUCAGUGGCCCAAUACCCCAACAAUUAGAGGGUUGCAUUAACUUGCGCACCUUGAAAUUGGGAAAAAAUAAGCUGAAUGGGAGCAUUCCUUCUCAAAUUGGAAAGUUAGAAAGAUUGCAAGAUUUACUUGAUUUGAGCCAUAAUUUUCUUGGAGGAAAGAUACCAUCACAACUAGCAAGUUUGACAUAUUUAAUAUCAUUGAACUUGUCGAACAAUAAUCUAUCAGGUGCCAUUCCUUCAUCUUUUGGAAGCAUGCUGAGUUUGUCAUUAAUUGAUGUAUCAUACAAUAAUUUGGAAGGCCCAGUCCCAAGAAGCAAAUUGUUUCAAAAUGCUCAAGCAGAAUGGUUUAUCCAUAAUAAAGGUUUAUGUGGUGAAGUGCCAAGUUUGCCUUCUUGUGGAUCAGCCACUGUAAGCACUCGACAUUCAACUAAAAACCAUGUUGUACUCUUUGCUAUCACUCCUAUAAUAGGCAGCUUGGUUCUUUUAGGCAUGUCUAUCAUCAUCACUGCAGCUCUUUGUAGGAGAGGAAAACCUACAAAGCAAAAGGAUAACGAUGUUAUUAUCGGCGAUUUAUUUUCGAUAUUGAAUUUUGAUGGAAGAGUCACCUAUGACUAUAUCAUCAAUGCAUCUGAAAAUUUUGAUGAAAAAUAUUGCAUCGGGAGUGGAACAUAUGGCAAAGUUUAUAAAGUAGAACUUCCAAUGGAACAAGUGGUGGCUGUUAAAAAACUUCAUCCAAUAGAAGGAAUGUUUGAUGGGAAAGGUUUCGAGAGCGAGAUUCAAGCAUUAACUACAAUUCGUCAUCGCAACAUUGUGAAACUUCAUGGGUUUUGCUCAAAUUCAAGUUGUAAAUUUCUUAUAUAUCAGUACAUCGAGAAGGGAAGUUUAGCUAGCAACCUUCAUAGUCAAGAAAUAGCAAAGGAAUUGAAUUGGGAGAGAAGAGCUCGUAUUAUCAAAGAUGUGGCUCAUGCUUUAUCAUAUAUGCACCAUGAUUGCAAUCCAUCCAUAGUGCAUCGAGAUAUUUCUAGUAAUAAUGUAUUAUUGGACUCUGAUUUCAAGGCUUAUCUUUCGGACUUCGGCACUGCAAGAAUUUUAAGAUCUGAUUUAUCAAAUUGGAGCAAACUAGCAGGCACAGUUGGAUAUACUGCCCCAGAGCUUUCAUACACAACAAAGGCGAAUGAGAAAUGUGAUGUAUAUAGCUUUGGCAUAGUAAUAUUAGAAAUAAUAAUGGGAAGGCAUCCGGGUGAUCUUGUCUCCUCUCUAUCAUCACCAAACAUCCAACAGAUGUUAUUCAUUGAUAUGUUAGAUCAACGUAUCUCACCUCCCACAGCUUAUAUGGUAAAAAAAGUGCUGUUGCUGGCUAUUAUAGCAUUUUCAUGCAUCCAUGGUACACCACAAGCACGGCCAACCAUGCAAAGGGUAUCUCAUUUAUUCAUAAGUGGCAACAUUCCAACUAUUCACGAGCCAUUCGAUUCAAUUAAAUUACAUCAAUUAUUGGAGUUUUUAACAUAG